AACAGUUAAAAGACUCCUGCCCUUCAGGGCCUGGGAGGGGGCGGCAGCUUUGUGCUGUAUAGUGGCUGCCUCCAGAGAGGGCUGGAAGGUUAGGACUUUCUGGCUGUCCCAGAUUGGAGCAGAAGGUCUGGGAGCUUUUGGAGGAGACGGGGCGGACAGGCGGGAGGCGUGUUCCUCUGGAGUUUUCUUUUUCUUGCGAGUCCUCGCGCCCGCGAGUGCGCUCGCGUACAGUCAUCCCUGUGGUCUGGCGACUGUGCACAGGAGGCGGAGAGGCUCUAUCUCAGCCGGUGGCCGAAGCUGGGGGCUCAGGCAGACCUCCCCAGAGAAACGGUGCCCAGGAAGUUUUCCCAAGUCGAGGCAGCUGUGCAGCCCGGGCCGUCACGCCGGAGCCCGGCACCCACGCCACCCACCCUUGCGGGCUGUGCUUCCUUUCACCCAGGCGCUGCGCGAGGACCGCGUAUCUGCCUGCGCCUGCCCAGCUCCACGGUGGGAAAAAAAGAAACAAAAGAAGGGUAUAAAAAACAACACAAUCAGAGACAUUUCCUCCAAUUUGCAUUAAGAUGGAAACCUUUUGCUUCUGGGUGUCCUUGUGGGUGGUGCUGGUUGGCUGUGUAAUCAGUGAUAAUCCUGAGAGCUACGGUACAAAUCUAAGCACUCGUGUGGACAAUUUCACCACUUUUCGUGGGACAGAGCUCAGCUUUCUGGUUACCACUCAUCGACCCAUGAACUUGGCCCUACCCAGCAAUGGCUCAACGCACAACUACUGCCCACAGCAGACGAAGAUUACUUAUGUUUUCAAGUACAUUAACACUGUGAUAUCUUGUACUAUCUUCAUCGUGGGAAUGGUGGGCAAUGCCACUCUGCUGAGGAUCAUUUACCAGAACAAGUGUAUGAGGAAUGGCCCCAACGCGCUGAUAGCCAGCCUUGCCCUUGGAGACCUUAUCUAUGUGGUCAUUGAUCUCCCUAUCAAUGUAUUUAAGCUGCUGGCUAGGCGCUGGCCUUUUGAGCACAAUGAUUUUGGCGUAUUUCUUUGCAAGCUGUUCCCAUUUUUGCAGAAGUCCUCGGUGGGGAUCACCGUCCUCAAUCUCUGCGCUCUCAGCGUUGACAGGUACAGAGCGGUCGCCUCCUGGAGUCGUGUUCAGGGAAUCGGGAUUCCCUUGAUCACCGCCAUCGAGAUUGUCUCCAUCUGGAUCCUGUCUUUCAUCCUGGCCAUCCCUGAAGCAAUUGGCUUUGUCAUGGUGCCAUUUGAAUACAAGGGUGAACAGUACAAAACCUGUAUGCUCAACGCCACGUCCAAGUUCAUGGAGUUCUAUCAGGAUGUAAAGGACUGGUGGCUCUUCGGGUUCUAUUUCUGCAUGCCCUUGGUGUGUACCGCCAUCUUCUACACCCUCAUGACUUGUGAGAUGUUAAACAGAAGGAAUGGCAGCUUGCGAAUCGCCCUCAGUGAACAUCUUAAACAGCGUCGAGAAGUGGCAAAAACAGUUUUCUGCUUGGUUGUAAUUUUUGCUCUUUGCUGGUUCCCUCUUCAUUUAAGCCGUAUUUUGAAGAAAACCGUGUAUGAUGAGAUGGACAAGAACCGAUGUGAAUUACUUAGUUUCUUGUUACUCAUGGAUUACAUCGGGAUGAACUUGGCAACUAUGAAUUCAUGUAUAAACCCCAUAGCUCUAUAUUUUGUGAGCAAGAAAUUUAAAAAUUGUUUCCAGUCUUGCCUCUGCUGUUGCUGUUACCAGUCCAAAAGCCAGAUGACCUCUGUCCCCAUGAACGGAACAAGCAUCCAAUGGAAGAACCACGAACAAAACAACCACAACACAGAGAGGAGCAGCCACAAAGACAGUAUAAACUAAACACCUGAAGAAACAUUCAUCAAUAUUCCUUCAACUCUUACUGGAGAAAGAAUUACACAGCAACUCGGUCUCGAGAUGUCUGUUCUCCCACGGCUCAGUCCCUCCCUCAUACAAUACUUUCCAAAACGUCAGAGUGAGCUGGUUUAUACCCACAAAUCCAAUGAAUCUUACUUCUUUAAUUUAUCUAACUUACAUAUUCUAUAUGUUACAGUCAGCACUAAAAAAUGGUGAGUGUUGGCAGGGGCCAAGGAGACAGUUAAAUGAAACCAGAAGGAUAUUUACUACUUGUACAUGAAAAUACUUUUCAAGUACGUGGCUAACGUUCAUGGCAGUUCUGUCAAAUGUUCCAUGAGAACUGGUCACCGUGAAAGUUUAGAGAUUAUGAAAAGGUUUUCUAUUUUUUUAAGGGAUUUUUUUUUUUUUUUUUGCCAAACACAGUGUGGGGUUAAGUCACCUUUAUUUGACAUGUCAUUCAGUGCCAAUAUUUUUUUAACUGCAUAGUAACCUAAAAUGAUUAUUUGAGCUUAUUUAUACAUAUUUUGCAAAGAAGAAGAAGAAGAAGAAGAAGAAGAAAUACAGAAUUCAGAUGAACAAUUAGGUUAAUGUUUCUCAUGUUACUGUUUUAUUUUUAAAACAUGCUCAAGCUACAACAAACACAGGUACUUACAACACAGAUAAUCACAUAUGCAGUUUAAUAGCUGCUAUUCAAAAAAUUUUUUAAGAAUCUAUGUUUUUCAUGGUGUUUCAUUACAGGAGCUCUUGCACAUAAUUUAUGUUAAAUUUAAAAAUAAUGCUUGAAUCAAAUAUUUCUAUUUUUCAUGAGCCCAAUCUUUUUUUAUAUGUCUCUUAUUAAAAUCAACAUCAAAUACAAAAAUUUAAAUGUACAUGUCAUUAAACUAUACCUAAGACUUUUAGUGCAAUGCAUAGAAGUCUAAAGCACACCUAGGAAGAAAGGAUUAAAUAUUUUUAGAAGACUUGGAAAUUUUCAUUGAGUUUUUUUAGUAAUAGUAGCAUGUACAUGUAUAUAUAUGCAUAUAUAUACAUAUAUUCAGAUCUGUACAUUAUACAUUAUGGAUAUAUAUGGAUAUAUAUACAUUAUAAAUAGCACCUCAUAUUCUCUUGAUUUAUUUUAAAUUGUUAAUUGGCAGUAAGAUUUUUCUUUGGUCAUUCCUUUUUCCAUACAGGAAACAUAAUUUCCAAGUGGCCAGCUAAGUUUAUGGUGUCAGUGAAAUAUAAUUACCCCCAAGUGCCACCAUGAACUGUAGUUUUUCACUUCUCCCAGUAUCCAGUAUGAACUUAAACACCUCCCCCACCCCCACUACUUACAUGGUCAGCAUUUUAAAGGGCCCACAAUGACUUUGGCUGGGCAUUUCCAAGUUUACAGACUGUGAGUAUAGCAGAAAAUCUUUUACUGUGUAUAUAUAAAUAUAUAUAAACAACUGUACAUUUCUUUUAGCCAAUUUUUCUGUGAUUGUCUCUAUGGGAUGUAUCUGUGUGUAUGAUAUAUGCAUGUAUGUGAUGGUAUAUAUGGACAUGUAAUCUAAUAUUAAUGCCCUAUAGGUGUGCCAAAGCACACACACUGAGUGGAAUCUAGGUGGUUGUCCAUCAUGACAACAGGCCUCAGUCAGUUCUAACCUCUCUGUGUUCAUAAGUCUUAUGACCAUGUCACCAUUACAAAUGGAAAGAAGAGGUAGCAUGAUAUGGCCCAUGGGUUAACAUCGGGGUUUUGUUUUGUUGGUUGGUUGGUUGGUUGGUUGGUUGGUUGGUUGAUUGAUUGAUUGGUUUGAUAAAGCAGUAUUUGGGGUUGUAUUUUUUUCCUGUGCUGGAGCAAUAGUCAUUAGACUUUGAAGUAUUAUAUUGUUCCAAUCCUCAACUGAAUGUGGUGAUGAGAUUGACAAGUAGUCUGAUGUUUCUAUCAGACUUCACCAGACAGAUUACUGAUGUUAAGGUAGCUAAUGAUUUGUUGGGCUAUAUUUUAGCACAGUCAUGAACAGAUCCUAUCAGGUUUCAGUUGAUCCAACUGCAGGGCUCCUUUAUGUAUUAGCAGUGAAAAUCCAUUAUUCCAUUGGUACGUCACAUGCAAUGAUAUCUACCUAGAAUAUAAGCCAUAGGUUCACAUCAUUUUGUUUAGACAAUUGCCUUUUUUUAAGAUGCUUUGUCAAUUGCAUAUGAAGAAUGCAUUUUUAAAGUUCAGAAAGUCAUAGAUUUCUGAAUAACCACAAAGGCUUCAAUGUACAUUUUGUUUAUGCACCGGUAAGUAACUGUGGUUUACUAGUAGGAAGAUUUCCGAUUUCUACUUUUAUCACAUCUUUCCAAGGAAAUCUGUAGAAAUGAGCCAGAGGCCAAGGCACCCCAUUGGCUUUGGCCUGUAAGUAUACAAUAAAAGUUUACAGAAGCCUUA